AUGAGUUCAACAAGCACGGCUGGCGAGUCCAUCGCCUAUCGCGUCAUCAUCCCAAGCGUUCUCGGGCCUGUUGUUGCAUUGCCUCUGUGCGGCAUUCGAAUGUACACGAAACUCUACAUAUUGCGCAAUACAGGAUAUGAUGAUUAUGCAAUUGCUCUAGCGACGAUUCUAGCCCUCGGGUUUUCAAUCACUACUUGUUACCAGACAACCAACGGCUUAGGAAAGCAUAUCUGGGAUGUGUCACCCUACCAGUUUCACCAAUUGAUGAAGAUUGGUGACAUUGCCGGCCCGAUCUUCUACAACCUUGCGACUCUAUGCAUUAAACUAUCGCUAUGUCUCUUCUACCUACGCUUCUCCGUUUCCAGAGGGUUCCAUAUCGUCAUCUACGCACUCCUGGCUGUCUGUGUCAUUUAUAGCAGCCUUGCCGCGUUCGGUUUUGCCUGGGUGUGUCAGCCCAAAGAAAAAUACUGGGACUUUAGCAUCACGAGCGGAUCCUGUGUCGACCUUGAUGCCUUGUUCUUGGCCAACGCAUGUAUCAAUGCGGCGACGGAUUUCGUACUCCUGGUUCUGCCACUGUUUAUCAUCAAAGAUCUCACCCUACCCAAACGACGCAAGAUUGGUGUAGCACUCUUGCUAAUGACUGGUUCUUUUGUUCUGGUUGUCAGCCUAAUCAGAGUCGAAGCUGUGGUUAGAGGCAUGGGCAAGAUUGCAAAAGACGGGACUUGGGCCAUGGUUACAAACUUCAUCUGGAUUCUUGUUGAACUAUGGAUGGGUGUCAUUUGCACAUGCCUACCUACACUGCACACAUUUGUCAAGAAUCGAUGGGCUGCUCGAUGCGCCAAGCUUGUUGCGAAGAAUAAUAACAAUGCUAUGCCGGACCACCAAUGGAUCGGACUACAAGAUACCCCAGAGAAACCAGCCGCGGUUGUAAAUUUUCUGGAUUCGAAAAGUCAUGGAAGCGACUCGUCCAUGGCUCGAACAAUCGUAUGCGAAGAAGGUUCCUUGCCCCCUGUUUCGCAAAGCAACACUCGGUCUACAGCAGUUUCAGCAGUGUGA